AAACUGAUAAACAAAAAAUCUGUGUGUGGAAAAGAUGGCGUUGCCCCUCAGCAUGGCAGGUUGUUGCCGUUUAGCAGUGCGGACAGCGGGCAGCCUGCUUUUCCGACAAACCCGUCGAAUGGUUCUGUCAAGCAGGAGGUGCUUUGUCAGUACCACCGCAAUCAAUAACCUGCAGUUUAAACUAGAUGAGCGGACGGCUCAUAGCAGUCUGGACUUGUAUAAGCGAGACACAGGUGUGAUCUACCGUAUUCUUGGCCUUGACCCCAGCCGAGUGCAGUACAACCCUGAGCGCUUCCGUGAUUGGGCUGUGGUGUUUGGCGACAGCCACAUCUCCUCCGGGCGGCACUAUUGGGAAGUGACCGUGCGCAAGUCACAAGAGUUUCGGCUGGGAGUGGCAGAGGUAGCCAUGUCGCGACACGAUUGCAUUGGCACCUGUAACACAUCCUGGGUGUUUGUGUACGUCCAGCGCAAGUGGCUUGCCAUGACGACUAACAAGAUGGUGCCAGUGUCUUUGGUGGGGAAGCCAGACAGAGUUGGGGUGCUGUUGGACUACGAGGCAGGCCGGCUGAGCCUAGUGGACACGCAGAAGAACCAAAUUAUCCACACUGUCAAGGGCCAGUUCCGCGGACCACUCUGCCCAGCCUUCGCGCUCUGGGAUGGGGAGCUUCUUACACACUCUGGCCUGGAAGUUCCAGAGGGACUGAACUGAACAGUGAGGGCCCUUCCCCCAGCCUCUUCCCAGCAAUGUAUGUAGGAGAAGGAAGCCAUGAUGGGAGAAGCAGCCCCCCCCCCCCCCCCUGUUUCUGGACUGUUGUUGUGGAGGUGGAAGUGGACAUAUUUGGUCUUCUCAUAAACGACUGCUAGACAAGUGACGCUCAUCAUACACACUCACUUCAGAUGGCGGCAGCAGAAUCGCUGUGGUUCCCGUGUCUCUCCUCAAGCAACUCAGCCUCGGCGCCAGAGCCUGUUUAGUUUUUCCCCCGGGGGCAGCCUCUCUCUCUCUCUCUCUCAGCACAUAUCCGCAGCUCAACCAGCUGACAGAUUCAUUCAAAGAUCAUUGCUGCUCCAGUCUGGGGGCUGCAUGGAGGCUGGGGAGGACAAACUGAUGAGCUCUGGUCAACGCCUUGUAUAGCAUGACUUUUUUUUUGUGCUGUUUUUUAAUGGGAAAGAACACUUUUCUUAUUUUCAACAUUCAUUGUUCAUUUAUUCAUUAAUUCGUAGGAACAUUUGUACAGGCAUUUCUCAACACAAGCCAAGCAGGCCUUUGUCUGUCCAUCAGGUUUUACGCCACAGUGAAAUAAAAGAUGGAACAUUU